GAAGAAGAGACAGAAAAUAGAGAUGAAAAGGAGAGAAGGAUUACGAAGAGAGAAAUAAAAAGGAAGAAAUAAGAGAAAGGAAAAGAAAAGGAGUGACCAUAAGAAGUAAAGGUAAAAAAAAGAAAAAAAAAACUAAUUAAAAGACGGGAGAUGAAGGAGAAAAAGGAGAGAAGGAAGAGAUGAGACAUAAGAAGGAAAGCAAAAUACUUGAUGAAAAAUAGAAGAAGAAAAAAAUAUAUGACAAAAACAACAUGAUAAGAAACACAACAUUCAAGACAUGAGAAAGAGGAAGGAAAAAAAAAACAAUGAAUGAAUGAAGAAUUACAAAGAAUCACUUGACUUGAGACGACGCAAAAUAAACGGAAAACGCGCUGAACUUCCUCCCAUCCCCAGUAUGCAUCGAGUAGUGCUGGAGGGUGGAUGUGCGCGCGUCCCUCUUGCGGUGAGAUAAGGCGGGAAUACCAACUGACUCUGUUCCUUUGAUAACCUUACACUCCCUUAUACCAACGCCCUCAUAGCCUCUGGAGGAUUGAAUAGAGUGCGCAGGGAGGAUUUAGUGCAAGGAUUAAAAGGAUAUUGUGAGUAAAUUCGAUUAUUUUUGCUGUUUUCGCUGAAGUGUUUGGUGUUGUGGCUUGAGGAUCACGAGGGAACGUAAAGGAGGGGCAAGGAUCACCUACCACCACCACCACCACCACGAAGGUACAAUACAGGAGUGGCAACAUGGCGGCGUGACGUCAGGAGACACCCUCAUCUGCACCUUACCUCCAUCCCUCCGCGGCGGGGAAGUGAUGGAGGGAAAUACCUCUCAUACCAGAGGAGGAGGAGGAGGAGGAGGAGGAGGAGGAGGAGGAGGAAGAGGAAGAGGAGUAAUAAAGAGAAGAGGAAAAUGCAAGACAGUAAAUAUUGAAACUGUUUGUGUAGUUCCGUCUAUCACCACUCACCACCACCACCACCACCACCACAGCCCUUCCACCACGCCCUCAGACACGCGCCUGAGGGAGUGCAGGGGCGUGGGGGGGCGUGGGAUGGGCGUGAGGUGUGAGAAGGAUAGGACUGAGCAGAGAGGAGGCAGGAUGCUGUGGGGACCUGUUAACCUGCUGCUGAAGACCUCCUGCUGCCUCCUGCUGUGGCUGGCGACUGCUGUGUCCGCGCAGGACUCGCGGUGUUACCUGAGUCAGGGCGGGUCCGUGGACAACUUCUUCGUGAGGGAGAGUUUACCUGUGGGCAGCCUCAUAGGCACGCUGAGGCUGGAGGGGGAUGCCAGUCAGGACGGCGACAUAUACCUCAGGCUCAAGGAGAAGGACACGUCGGUCAGCAUCUCCCCGAACUCCAAGAAUCUUACACUCACGAGGAAGCUUGAUAAGGAGGGGAAGGAAGGAGAGUCGCAGGUCACUGUCAACGUUAUUUGUGAUCGACGCGGCACCACUGACCCUAGCAUCACCAUCCCCGUCAACAUUCGCGUGACUGAUGACAAUGAUAACGCCCCAGUAUUCGUAAACAGUCCCUACUACGUGAAUGUGUCUGAGGUGACUGUGGUUGGGACUGUCAUCAUGGGAGAUAUACUUGCGGAGGACGAAGAUCAGCAAGGCCCAUUCUCCACUGUCCAGUACUCCAUUCAGCCCGGCCCGUACUCAGACAUGUUUCGCUUCGAGUCACCUCUCAGCGGUAACCUGGUCCUGGAGAAGCCACUGGACUACGAGAGUCUGGCGCUCUUCAACAUCACCAUCGUGGCUCAGGACCAGGCAGCCUCGCCCCAAAGCAGCACGGCCGUCCUCACGGUGCAGGUGCAGGAUGCUGACGACCAGAACCCAGCCUUCACCCGCGAUCACUACAUGGCCAUCCUGCCGGAGAACCCCGUCAAGGGCACUCAUGUGAACAUCCAGCCUGAAAGAGUGAGAGCAGUGGACAGGGACGAAGGCAUCAUGGCUCCCGUUUUCUAUUCCUUCAGUCGAGAAGAGGAGGAGUCAGUGUGGUUUAAUAUUGACCCUGAGAGUGGUCAGGUCAGCAUGGCUCAGGACCUGCCUCCCGACAAGCUCUCCCAGCCUGUCACUCUGGUGGUCAGGGCCACUCAGGAGGACAACCCAGACAGGUACGCCCUCACCACCAUGACUCUGUCCCGCCGCGGCUACUACUCCACUCAGCUGCAGUUCAUCCAGAGGGAGUAUGUGGCCACGGUGCUUGAGAACGUACCCAAGCACAGUGUUAUUGCCCCAACGCUCAUAAAUAAGAAUAUCAAUGAGGACAUCCACUUCAGCCUGGAGAGGAACGGUGACGGCGUGUUCCGCAUCUCACCCUCAGGACAAAUCAUUCUGGACCACGAGCUUGACUUUGAGAGGAAACAGGAGUACACUCUUGAAGUUUACGUCACCGAUGGAAACUUUAAUGACACAGCAACACUGAAGGUGAAGGUUCUCAACAUCAAUGACUGGGACCCUCGCUUCCGUUACCCUGAGUAUGAGUUCUUCGUGAGCUCAUCCACAUUGAGGCCGGGCGAUGCGGUGGGCACGGUGGAGGUGGCUGACGGGGACCUGGGGGACGUCAUCACUCUCAGCGUCAUGGGCCAGGACUCGCAGAUGUUUGCUAUUGACAACAAUGGAGACCUGAGGAUCCGUGACCUGACUUCCCUUAAUUCCACUGAGGCACACAUUGUGGUGAUGGCCAAGGAUUCUGGCGUGCCUCCCAGGAUGGCAUCAGCACCAGUCACUGUGAACUUCCCUGCUGGUGUGGUGAAGCUGUCCCCACUUGGCACCAGCUCCAGCUUCCUCCUGGUGGUGAUAUUUGGCAGUCUCCUCCUCAUCUUCAUCCUCGUCGUCAUCUGCCUUGCCAUCUACAUCCAUAAAAACAAGAAGUAUCGUGAUGACAACAAUGCAGCAAUGCCCACCAAGAUGAGCCAGAUAGUGACCAAUGGAAAUCUGCCCCACACCAAACUGGACCCCCUCUCCCCCCUCAAUCACCAGAUGCAGGGCAAUGGCCAGCAGAUGACUCCCUUGGGCAGUCCCACCUCCCCCACAGGUCUGGCAGGGGUGGAGUUGCCUGCACCCGACAACAACAACGUCCACACCACAAACAACAACAACUACAACAGUGGCACGGGACGAACAAACACAAUUUCAGUGCAAUCUGGGCAAUCGUCGCCUCGAGAUCACGGCUACCUCAGGAACCCCCUCAGCAACGGAUCCCUGCCAGCACCUUCCUCUGCCUCCAGCAGCCGCGUUCCCCCGGGCAGUAGUGACGGUGCCUCCCUCAAUGGUACUGGGAGGUCGUCUUCCACCACAGCAUCAACAGCCUCUGUGGGCGGCACCCCAGAGCACACCCCUCACUCCGCUAGGUCUCACUUCAGCGAGGGUGUGAGGAGCCAGCUGGAGAUGCGGGGUGGCAGCGGCAGGAGCUUAGGGUCACUUGCAGGAAGUGGUGGAUCCCUUAAAAAUGGGUCUCCAGUGGGAUCAGCACGGGCAUUAGGUGGGCUGCCCUCCAGAAAUCGUGUCAGUCCUGCUCCCAUGCCCCCAACCCCUGCCAACACCCCCUACCCUGAUCCUCCCUCCUCCCCUGAGAUCCACAGCUCCACUUUGGGAGGUCCCAUGGGCAGCAAAGUGUUGUGGCCGAGUGGGUCAAUUCCCAAGCGAGUCAAGAAGUUGUCGUGGGAGGACGAACUAAGUACUAAGACGGAGCUGGACCCAGAAGUGAGUGUGACUCCGAUGCCUCACUCUGCCUCCUCCUCCCACACUCCUAAACUCACCGUCUACUUCUAAGUGUGUGUGCGUGCGUGUGUGUGUGUGUGUGUGUGUGUGUGUGUGUGUGUGUGUGUGUGUGUGUGUGUGUGUGUGUGUGUAUGCAGUAAUUAAUCUAUAGUAAAAAUUGUAUAAAGAAAAAGAAAAGAUUGAGUGUACAUUUACAUUUGAUCUUUUGAGGAUUCCGUCCAAAGCAUCUUUUAUACCUCCUAUGAAAGUGGCCAAGAAAAGCUUAUUAUUGUCUCAGUAUAUAUAAAUGUAAUUCUUUUGUCAAUAUUUCUAGUGUUAUACAUUUGGCAAAUAUUGUAUCAGUAAUUGCAUAGCACAUGAGUACUGCUUCAGCUACAGGAUGUUGAGCAUUCAGAAAAUCUUAUAUAGUGUGAAAAAUAUCUCAAAGGAAUUGGCCAUUUAAAAAAAGGGUCAUAUUUUCAUUAAGAUAUAAGAAUGACUUUAUGUAUUUAUAUGCUCACAAUUUCACACAAAAAAUGUUUAAGAGAGAAAAGAAGAAUUAUUGAGUGUGAAGAUACAUAUUAGUGUGCAGAUCUCAGAAGCCAGCCGUGGUGUUCCUCUGUGUGUGACGUCUGAGAGCAGCAGUGUCUGUCCCCUGCUGAUGACACCCCAGCACAGUGACAUUCUCUCCCUGGAUGACGUCCACAAACAGAAGUGAUGAAGAUCUCUUAACCAAGGAGCUCUAAUUUGAGAUGAUGCUUUAUUUUUUUUAUUACCAUGGUUCUUCCCAAGUAUGCCUUGCCUAUGAGACUUUAUGAAGGCUUUCAGUACAUGCACACAGACUUGGGUAUUGUUACUUGAUGCCUGCUGUAAUUAUGGUAGUGGCAAACUCCCUUUAGUAGUGAUGAAAUGCUGCUUGAAAAAGGAAAAGACUCAGCCGACUUGAUGUGGGUGUGCUCGUGGCAGAGUGACUGCCUGCCAUCCCACUUCGUCGAAAUGUGUGCUUGCGUAAAAAUUAGCCUUGCGUUUCUUGCUGCAGAGACAUUUCUGUCCACAUAAUGACAGUGUUGCUGCAAGUGUGUGUUUGCACGUGUUUAGAAGUGACAUAUCUCAUAUCUACUACUUGUGAUAUAUUUACUGAGGAGGAAGGAAGUAUACAGUGUGGUGAUAUAACUUUCCACUUUAUAUGUACUUUUGGGACACUGUGAACUCUGUGUGGUGAAUGUGGUAAAAAAAAAAUGUGGUCAGAUGCAGGUGUUUCAGUCACUAGCUAUACUUGAGUACACCAAAACAUAACCUAUAUUCCUAAGCCAUUGCACUCCUGCCUAGUAGCAGAGUUAAGGUUCCUGCUGAUUGAUACAUUAAGCAGAGAGGAGGCAGCUCAGAGACACCAGUUGACAUUUGGAUAGGACAAAAUUCACAUACCAGAUCACAAAAUGAUCACAAAGUUGUUUAUAUUUAGUUACUGAUGUGUCCUUGGUGUGUGUGUGUGUGUGUGUGUGUGUGUGUGUGUGUGUGUGUGUGUGUGUGUGUGUGUGUGUGUGUGUGUGUGUGUGUGUGUGUGUGAUCACCCCCAGCUGGGAACCCUAACACUCCACCUUCUGUUAGCAUAGCAGCUCAUCUGCCAAAGAUUAGCCUGCUUGACAGCAUGUGUGUGUGUUUCAUGUUUGUAUUUGUGGCCUUCCUCUCAGUGUGUGUGUGUGUGUGUGUGUGUGUUUUAGCAUUGACAUCAUAUUCAACAAAAUUAUAGACCUUGUGACAUCAAUACUUUGAGCAAGUGUACCUUUUUGUAUAGAUCUAUUUGUAUUUUUACAGAACUGAGUCAAUCUUCAAUUUUCCAUCUUUUAAUGAUGUGUUAGUGUGUUAUGAUCUAUUCAGUAAUGUUUUCCUCGUGUUGUAAGUGAUAUCCCUUCUUUCUGUAAGUGUAUUUGUAUGUCCCAUCCUGGAAAUAAACAGGUUAUUUGUAAGUGUACAUCUGAAAUUCUGUACAUGUUUGUGUAUAUCCCAUUCUGUAAGUACUUGUGUGUGACGGUAUGUUUCUCCAGUUUGUAUGUGCUCUUUGAAAUGUGUGAGUGAGGGAAGGCCUUCGCUGUAUGUAUGAUUGCACUCUGGUACAGUCAGUGUUACCAGUUGAGUAACAUACCACACCCACUUCUCCUGUGUAUGGUAUUUUUCCUCAAUCUUAGCUCCCUAAUCAGUAAAGAAUCUCAUUUGUCACAUUUUCUAAGAUUGUCAGCAGAAUGACUCAAGAUUUAGGGACAAAGCAAAGAAAACACAGUAAAGGUGAGGGCAGAAGGUUACUCAUCUUGUGACUACACCUGUAUUUGUGAUACCUUAAUUACUGUUUAAUUCACCAACUGGCCUCUCCUGAUGUGUCCUUCUCAGACCAACUUGUGCUUCCGUCUUGAGACCAAAAUCAGGAUUGUUACUUCAAAGUCAAGAGUGAAACACAUCCAUAGUGUGUGUGUGUGUGUGUGUGUGUGGUGUGUGUGUGUGUGUGUGUGUGUCAUUAGUUCAUGUAAGCUGUUCGUGAUUAGUGCAUACAGUCUAUUUUUGUAAAUACAUGAUCCAUGUGAUGAAAAAAGCAUUGUAUAAUUGUAUUUAUUAUUAUCAUUAUUAUCAUAUCUUGUAGAAAGGAUUUGUGUCAUUAUAGUUUUGUAGCUAUAAAAGACAA